CGGCACAUAAGGAACAUAAUUGGAUGAUUUUAGGAACGACGUGAAGGAGAGUGAUCCUUUAUUUUUGUGCUCUUGCACGUUGGAGAGGUGAAAAAUGGCUAAGUCCUCUGAAAAGAAAGGAAAGAGUGCUAUUAACGAGGUGGUGACUCGUGAAUACACUGUGAAUCUUCACAAGCGGCUUCAUGGCGUUGGAUUUAAAAAACGUGCUCCACGAGCCAUUAAAGAGAUCAGGAAAUUUGCAGAGAAGCAAAUGGGAACUCCUGAUGUUAGGAUAGACACACGUCUAAACAAGCAACUGUGGUCCAAGGGUAUUAGAAAUGUUCCCUUUAGAGUUCGUGUAAGAUUAAGCAGGAGGAGGAAUGAUGACGAGGAUUCUGCGAACAAACUUUAUACCCUUGUCACAUACAUACCUGUUGCAUCAUUUAAGGGACUUCAAACUGAAAAUGUAGAUGCCAGCCAAGAUUAAUGUGUUUCAAUUUAAUAAAUAAUGAGGAAAUAAGUAA